AUGCGUUUUAAGGAGCCGCCGUCAACGCGCAAGGGCCCCAAUCCUUUUCUUUUUCUCGGUUUAUCUGUGGCUUCCUUCGGUAUCUUCUUCUACAUCGUCAAACGUAGAGAGACAACAUAUCCGGCCUCGAAGCAACCUAGACAGCACGACAACCCUCUUAUUCCUCCCCGGCACCGAGAACAAUAA